AUGACCAGGAAAUUCUCUCUCUCUUUGGGUAAGACUACAGUUGAUUGCCGCUCUUUGAAACUUGCUGUUGUUUCACAGGCUAUUGUGCGUCAGAGGUUUGUCUUUUUGAUCAGAACCACGCUGGUUUCUAUAGCCAUACUGGCCACCAGAAGUUGGAUCAUCAGUCAACAAGAAAUAAAGCGUCAGCUCUGCACUCAACAUUUAGAUCUCACACUUUUUGCCAUCAGGGACUCUGCCAACCUCAGUGAUAGACUAUACACUUACCAUUUGAACAUGUCCAAGUUCCAAUCUGAUUUUCCCCACCUGCAAAACUAUAAAUGCUCAGUCACACUCACCCCUCAGAAAGAACAGGAGUUGGGCAACCCCAAACCAGUUCUUAUCAUGGCUAUUAAGUCCCACCCAAGGUCUGGCGCAAGAAGAAGUGCAGUGAGGCAAACCUGGGCUCGAGUGGAAGAAGUGGGUGGCUAUUGGGUCAAACUGAUCUUUCUGAUAGCCAAAACAGAGGUAUCUGGGCAAUUGGAACUGGUUGCUCUGGAGAGCCGAGAGUUUGGAGACAUUCUCCAAUGGGACUUCAAUGAAGGACAUCACAACUUGUCUCUGAAAGAGCGAUGCUUCCUGGAAUGGCUGGAUUCUGAUCUUCCACACGUGGAAUUUAUAUUCAAAGGAGACGAUGAUGAAUAUGUGAACCCAAGGGCAGUUGUGGAUUAUAUUAAAGAGCAUAGUUCCUCCCCUAAUACACUACAUGGCCACCUCCAACGUCACAGUGCAGUCAUGCGCUCUACCAAGUACGCCAUCUCCAAAACCUUAUAUUCCUUUCACAAAUACCCCUCUUUCCUAUCUGGAGGAGGAUUCAUCUUCCCAGGAACAUCAGUGAAGUACCUCCAUGAGGCUGCUCAGAAGAUCCCAGUUUUCCCAUUGGAUGAUGUGUACUUUGGGUUCCUAGCAUUGGCAGCCAACUUGACAUACAGACAUGACAGACGGUUCUAUGUAUCUGGGCUGGCAUUUAAUGCGUGCAAGUACCAAGAGGCCCUGGUGGUACAUGGGAUAGAGCCUGAGCGUCUCAUUCAAAUAUGGACAGAGGUGCAGAGAGCACAGUGCCAGGGGGGCCAAGGUGGUCAGUAGCUUUGAGACAGACUAUGUAUGUUUAAAGGGAAGAGCAGGCGCUAGUAUAAGAUGUACAUUCACUGUAGUUUUCUACAAAUAUUCCGUGAAUAAAAUGAAGGUUCAUCUUUGACCUGCGUCUUUCAGCUUCUCCCCUUCUUUAAUCAUAUUAAUAAUACUGCCAAAACCUGUUGCUUCUUCCUUCAUCAUCAUCAUUUAUUUAUAUAGCGCUGU